AAAAUAUAUAAUAUGAAAUGUCAUUAGAUCAGUGGUCAGCAAUCCUGUUCCUGGAGAUCUACCGUCCUGAAGAUUUCAGCUCCAGUCCCAAUCAAACACACCUGGACUAUCUAAUCAAGGUGUUCAGGGUUGCUUAAUAAUCACAGACGGGUGUGCUGAAGCAGGGUUGGAGCUGCAGUCUGCAGAUCUCCAGAUCUCCAGGAGCAGGGUUGGUGACAACUGCAUUAGAUGGUUCAUCUGUGCAGGUCACCAAGACACCUCUGAUGCACAAAGGCUACCAGCAAAGGCAAAUGUUAGAAUGUUGCACAUCGGAACAUUUUGAGAGAGGCACAAGAGGUCUUCAGCUCACAAUAUCUGCUGCCAGCUGUUAAUGCCAUGGGCAGCAUCUUGUGGGAGUCAUCGAGGACUAAGGACGAUAGCUCUGCGGGGUCAUGUUACAAAGCCAAGCAACAUGAGUCCAUCUUACCAGCUGCACCCGAUGCUUCAACAAAUGAUGAUAAUGCUUCCACAGACACUGCUUAGCAAAUUAAACAGUGGGUGAAAACAGACACCUUCAUGGCCCUCCAGUCACCACCAGAUUAACACAUUUUAGAGCACUUUCUAAGAGCUGGUGGAUUUCCUUCUUUACAGGCGGUUCAAUAUCCAACUGCACAUAUAGCAGGAGUACCCGUGGCAUUCAAAGACGGUUUCAUUUCUACAGCUAUAAUGAUGAAGUCAUAAUUUUAGAUGUUUUAGAUGUAAAUGGCUAAAUAUUUAUUUAUCAUUGCUGGUCGCUGUAGAAAAAGAAUCCCCCCAUCUGUAAAGAGUCACUUGAUAUCUUUUCCCGACUCACUUUAAAGACUGAGUCAUAACCCCUGAGAUCCAUUCUGAGUUUCAUCCUGCAUUACACUUCCAUUAACUGAAUAUGUGAUGUGAGACACCGAGUCUCUGAAUGCAAUAGAAGUCAUGAAGACUUCAGGCACUAUUGCUCAGGUGUUCUUUCUUUAUGAUGUAGGUCAGCUACUUAGAGGGGGCAGCUUGUGCUGAAAACAAAACAACACAGUACAGAAUAAUCACCUCUUACGUUUACAAAAAAUAAUUGCAUUUUUAAUUACUUUGCCAUAAAUUAAUCUGCUGGAUGGAUGGUUGGAUGGAAUGCCUGGCCGCAGUCCAAAGAGAGUCGUGAUAGAAAAAGUCCUCAGCUUGCACCGAUGUUGCGAGCGCAUAGUUUUUUUCAUGCGGCAUUCAAACUUCCUGCUCUAUUCAGAGUAACAGUGCAUUUUGACGAGUUUAACGCACUUUACUAUGCAUGAGAGGGGUGUGCGUCUGUCUCCAGACGGAUAGCCUGAUGAAGAAAGUGGUCAGUGCAGGAAUUGAAGCAGUAACACAUACUUCGUCGAGUUGAAUGCGGAUGUCCUCCACGGCGCAUUGAGACUGAUAACUGGAACCUCGGGAUGUGCCUAUUUUCAGCUGCGCUUCUGCAAAUGUCCAACAUUUAAUUCGCACAGAAGAGCGAAUCGAGAGUAAAACGAGUGUAUUUUCCAACAGAUAUUACGUUUUUUUAGUCGACAGACAAAAUGGGAAGCACUGUGAUGGACUCCAAGAAAAAGGACUUUGCAAAGAAAUCCUCGAGGAAGAAGCGAUCUCUGCGAUUAAACAUGCCAGAUUUGAGUACAUUUGCAUCCUCUCUUAUGGAUAGAGAGACGGACAGAUCUGAUAAAGAUGAGAUGCGAAAGGAGGAGAGAAGUGGUUCACCCAGCCCCAUCAAAGGCUCAUGUGUGAAGUCUUCUGCCAGCCAGCCAUGUACCCCAGUUGCAUCCCCAUUUCCCAGGAUCAGUCCAAGCUCCCCCAGACCCAUCUUCCCCCGUCCACCAUCUUCUCACCAGGACUCACCUCCCAAAUCUCCCCGCCGGCUCAGUUUCAGUGGUAUCUUCCGUUCCUCAUCCAGCUCGGCUCCUUCCAGCAUCAAGCUCUUCUCCAGAUCUAGAAAAGGUUCUGGGCUUUCCACUCCCCCCAACACCCCGACGCAGAGUCCAGUUCCGCCCGUCUUCCCUAUGGAGAAUCCUAGUCCUCCAGAGCGUGUGGAGGAACGCCGCACCCGCUCUCUGUCCUCUCCCCCUGAUACAGGUCAGCGCUUCAGCCUGACCCCCUCCUCCACCAAACCCCCUAUUGCCUCGUACACCUUUAACUCUACCUCACGCCAGAGUUGCGGAUUUGCUGAAGGCAUGUUGGAAAAACUUGAACUUUAUGAUGAAGCUGCUGAAGAGCCAGACAGUGAUAUUUACAUGCGCUUUAUGAAAUCCCACAAGUGCUAUGACCUCAUCCCCACUAGUUCCAAACUAGUGGUCUUUGACACUACACUACAGGUAAAGAAAGCUUUCUUUGCCCUGGUUGCUAAUGGAGUACGAGCCGCCCCAUUAUGGGAAACCAAAAAACAAAGCUUUGUGGGAAUGUUAACCAUCACAGACUUCAUCAUCAUACUGCACAGAUACUACAAAUCUCCACUGGUGCAAAUAUAUGAGCUGGAAGAGCAUAAAAUUGAGACUUGGAGAGAACUUUACCUGCAAGAAACUUUUAAACCCUUAGUCAACAUAUCUCCAGAUGCAAGUAUAUUCGAUGCUGUUUACUCGCUUAUCAAAAAUAAGAUCCAUCGUCUGCCGGUGAUCGAUCCUGUCACAGGAAAUGCACUCUACAUCCUCACACACAAGAGAAUCCUCAAGUUUCUACAGCUCUUUGUUUGUGAGAUGCCCAAACCAGCCUUCAUGAGACAAACUUUAGAUGAACUGGGCAUUGGCACAUACAACAACAUAGCUUUUAUUUACCCAGAGACACCCAUUAUUAAAGCACUGGGCAUCUUUGUGGAGAGGAGAGUUUCUGCCCUGCCUGUGGUGGAUGCUGCAGGAAAGGUUGUGGACAUUUACUCCAAAUUUGAUGUCAUUAACCUGGCUGCUGAAAAGACCUACAAUAAUCUGGACAUCACAGUGACCCAGGCUCUCCUGCACCGCUCGCAGUACUUUGAGGGGGUUAUGAAGUGCCAUCGGCACGAGACCCUGGAGACAAUAGUGGACAGAAUCGUCAGAGCAGAGGUUCACAGGCUGGUAGUAGUGGAUGAGAAUUCGAGCAUUGAGGGCAUCAUCUCUCUGUCUGAUAUCCUGCAGGCACUUGUACUCACCCCCGCAGGAGGACGUAGGAGGGACAGUGUGACAGAAUGACAUUUUGCAGGCGUAAAUGAAAUAAUGGAAAGUCUCCGUUUGGAAACUGACAGGUCCGGACGGCAUUCCUGAUAGGACACAGAGAAGACAGCAGGAAGUUCCAACAUUCGUUUUUAGAUCCUCUUUUAAGGGCCGUUAAAAUCUACAGCAUUAGGAAUGAACAUGUGAUCAUAACGCACACAUUAUUUGAGAUUUACAGUCAUCUGCCGCUAGACUGUACACUGCUUUAAAUGCUGGGCAUGUUUGUCUGGUCGUGCUGCUGUUGAUAGCCAUCAUUGACAAAGCUAAUUUAGGCACAGAGAGGAAGUCUCCUUUUGUGUUCUGGCAGGGUCUGUGUUAUAUCAUUGGCACUGUAAUCCAUUUUUGGUGAGUUAUCUGAAGUGGAAACUUGCAUUAAUUUAAGACCUCGCUGAGAGUUGAUUGUAUUGGUUAGCUGAAAUGCAUAAACUUGCUGGUUCUUGUGCAAUAAUCAGCAAUUGCCAUUGUUUGUGUUUGUAAAGAACUGGAUAACUUAGUAGAUGGUGCAAGUGUAUUUAAUGAAAUCCAAAGUAAGAGAAAAUGUUGCAUUAAGAAACGAAGCUUGUUUUUAGCACCAUUAGGAUUUCUUUUAUUCAAUAAUAAAAAAGCCCAUUUCCCCCUCAUAUUUUCAUUAUUAUAUUAAGUCGGUAUGAUUUUUUUAUUUUAAGUGUGUGUUCAUUAGAUUCUCAUUACUGUAAUACAUAUUUUUUCAGUAAAUACUGUGAUAUUUUUCAUGAGCGAUUAUUUUUUAAUAAAUCAAAGACAUUAUAACGAAUGUACAAACACUUUUUUUGCAUUAUGGUAAUGAGGGGAGGGUGGAGUUUUAAUGAGCUACAUUUUCUUUAUGCAAGAUUUAUUGUGGCUUUCUUUUGAUGUUUUGGGUAAAAUAUAAUCUGGACAGGUUUCAUGAGAUUGCCUUUUUGUUUGAUACUGUUUCAACUGUGCCUUUACCCCCUGUAAGGAGAAAUGAAUGUAUUACUAAAGUGAAUGUACACUGACUGUUGAGGGCUGUAUUUUUACUGGAACAAAGAAUGUGCUAUGAAAUGAUAUAUAUAUACAGAGCUUUAUUUUUCUAUUUUGGUGUGGAAAAUGGUGUGUGUUACCCAUGGAAUGCACUAAAGAGCAUGAAUGUCAAAGCUUGCAGUUGUCAAUGUAAAACGCGCUUCUUUGCACCUCAGUUUAUAUGCUGGACUACUGUAAAUAUAAGUGCUCAGACAACACAUGCCAUAUACGGUUUCACAUGUAUUGGUUUAAAAAUGAAUCUGUUUUUGAUUGCAUUCUUAUUUUUUGAUCUGUUUUUCAUUGAACUAUGGAAUGUUUCAGUCUAGAAAAUGUUCAGUUGUACCAACAGAAAAUGACACUAUCGUUUUAACUUUUUAAGCAGAUGAGAUGAAAUAUAUUGAAAAUUUGUUUG